UUAUGAUGCCUCACAAGUCACAGCUAAGCUAAGCUGAGUAAACUUACUAUUGACCAAAGAAUAUGAUAUAUAUCAGAUCCAUUCAGUUGCUUCAUCUCUUUGAGAUUCUGAAACAUAGAUUUUAUUUUGCUCAGCUCAACUCUGAUAGAUCCAUAUAUCUUGAAUAUAAUAUAAUGGAUUUCGUUCUUAUCACUUCUCUACUAAAUACAGUAGAGAUUAAUCUACUGUGUUCUUUUGAGAGUUGGCGGACGGCAUCUUUGUGUUACAUGAUUCGAAAUUUGCAAGCCUUUUUGGAGGAUUCUCACAACAAGAAGACAAGGAGAGCCUUGGAGUCAGAGAUAGAUCAUAGGGGUGGCUCGCGAUGCAGAAGACAAAAUCGAACCAGAAUUACAUCAACUUUAUUUGAUGUACAAGCUAAGCAGUCAGGCCGCAGAGUUAACCCUCCUCAGACUCUUUAUCAGACCUUGGAACAAGUAAAUCGAAAAAUUAAAUCAAUUGGACGGAGAAUUCAGAUUAUGAGCAAAAUCAGCAUAGUUACAUCAAUUGAAGGGAGGAAUAUUCAUAUUGAGAGCAAAAACAACCAUUCUGCUGCAGAGCCGCAAAGAAGAAACAGAAUAGAGAAUAUCCAAGUUGCUAGUUUCUCUAAACGUUCUUCUUCAAUGCCCGAGAAUAAUGUAAUGGUAGGAUGUGAAGAUCAAUUUGAUACCAUAGUGUGCAAGCUCACUUCACUAUCAAAACCACUCCAAGUCAUCUCACUUGUGGGGAUGGGAGGCAUCGGCAAGACUACUUUGAUUAAAAAAGUCUAUAAAGAUCCAACAAUUGUUAGUUAUUUUGAUGUUCGAGCAUGGGCUACAAUAUCUCAACACCAUAACCUCACACAAAUGCUCAUUGGCCUUCUCAGUUCUAAUGUUACCAAUGGAGUAGACAACAAUCAUCUUGCAAAUCAACUGCGUCAAAAGUUGAUGGGUCAGAGAUACUUAAUAGUUAUGGAUGAUAUAUGGGACACCAAGGCAUGGGAUGACAUCCAAAGAUGUUUUCCAGAAAACUUCAAUGGAAGUCGAAUAUUGUUGACUACACGGCUCAAACAAGUGGCUGAAUAUUCUGCAGGCUCAGGUAACAAUAAUCUUCAUUACAUGCGCUUCCUAAAUUCCCAUGAAAGUUGGAGUUUAUUUUACAAGAAAGUAUUUGAAGAAAGAAAUGUCUCCAUUGAAUUUGAGACAAUGGGUAGAGGUAUUGUUGAAAAAUGUCAAGGAUUACCUCUAACAAUUAUUGUGGUUGCUGGGCUUCUCACCUCAUUCAAUGACCCAUCACCAACCCAGUGGGGGAAUAUUGCUGAAAAUUUGAAUUCAUUUCUUAACACACAUCAGGAAGAAAAAUGUUCAAAAAUACUUUCACUAAGUUAUGACCACUUACCUCUGCACUUGAAAGUUUGUUUUCUAUAUUUUGGUGUUUACCCAGAAGAUAGUAUGAUUUGUGUGAAAAAAUUGAUUAUGCUUUGGGUUGCAGAAGGAUUCUUAAAGUUAGAUAGUGGUAGAACCAUGGAAAAAUUAGGCGAGAUUUACUUGCAGGAUCUUGUAGAUAGAGGUCUAGUUCAAAUUGUUAGGUGGAGUUGUGUUGGAAAAAUCAAGUAUUGUCAUGACCUAUUGCAUAACUUUUUCUUGGGAGAAGCACGGAGGGAAAAGCUUCUAGAUGUUAUAAAUGAAAAUAAUGUUGAGGUGGCUAGAGUUCAAAAUCUUGGAUUAGCAAAAUCUUGGAUACAAAAGCUUCGAUCCAAAACUCGCAUGCUCAAGUCAACAGGUUUGGAUAAAAAACCUUACCGUUGGAUCAGCAAUCGGUCCAUCCAUUUGGAUUCUCCCAUUACUAUUCCUCUCACAUCUCAUCAGGAAUUCCGUUCCAUUCUAUAUUUUCAUAAGGCUUUUGAAUUAUUGGCCAAUUACUCCUCUCAAACAUUUCCCUCCUAUCCUAAAUUGUUAAGGGUGUUGGACUUAAGUCUUUGUGAUUUGGUUGACAUACCAAGUGAAAUAGUGAAUCUUGUUUCUUUGAGAUACUUAGCCUUGAGAACUAAUGCACCCCUUAAAGAUUACAAAUGGGUUAUGCUUCAAUGUUUGAAGACCUUCAUUGUUGAAACCAUUGGACCUAAUGCUCCAGGGGAGGUUUGGGAGUCACCAAUUGAUAUUUUGGACAAUAUGCCCCAACUAAGGCAUGUUAUGUUCCGUAAGUCAUCGGUUUAUCUUCCAAGUUGGAGUGUUCAUUAUAACCUGCAAACUAUCUCUUGCUUAUAUCUAUGUGCUCAGCGUUGUUGGCAUAGUAUGGAAAAUUUCAAAAAAAUUCCACAUGUGAAAAAACUAGGAAUUUACAUUGACAUCAACUCUGUUUCAAAGUCUGAGCUUUUAAGUGAGGGCCCUUCCUGGCCAUAUGAUUGGCUCAAUGUUCUUUGCAAUUUGCAUCAAUUGGAGAACUUAAAAUUGAUCUACCACAAAAAAUUAAUUUUCAAGAUGCCUUUCGACUUCCGACAUCUUUUUCACCAAACUUCAAGAAGUUGACACUUCAACGAACUUGCCUUCCAUGGGAUGAUAUGGUUAUUAUUGCCACAUUGCCCAACCUUGAGGCUCUAAAAUUGAAACAUAAAGCUUUCUGUGGCUCAAAGUGGAAAACAACAGAGAAUGGAUUUUUCAAAUUAAAGUACUUGGAAAUUGCAGUGAUAGAUUUCGAGCAUUGGAGUGCUAGUUUUCCCGUUCUUGAAUGUCUAAUACUUGAUU